AUCGCUUAAUCAAGCCAAAAAAUAACAAAAAAUAAAUGAAACCUGCGGCAAAAUGAACGCUAAGAAACACGACAGACUGCAAACAUUGUGCCGAGCAUGUUUAAAACCUGCCUUCAAUGUAAAUGGAGCAGACUCCACUGCUUGCAAUGCAAACAGUUUAUUGACUGGCAAUUUGGGUCAAAUAUUUCUACACUUCACCAAUAUGGAUGUUACCAAGGAGGCCGAAAUCUUUCCAAAACUAUUGUGCCACUUGUGCGUGAAUAAAUUAUUAGAAUAUGACAAGUUUUGUAAGCUAACUAUGCAGAGCACGGCGUCUUUAUAUGAAUUGACAAAAGCAGACCAAGAGGAGGACGAUAUUGCUUGUCCUAAUAAUGAAAUUAUUGUUAAGUCGGAACACAUUUCCGAUCAUGAAGAUGAUUGUGCAUCAAUGGGCAGAGAUUCGGAUUACGAUCACGAUAAAACGUUGCAACCCCACAAUGAAAUGUCCCUGAGGAGGGAGAACAUAUCUGAUGAUGAAGAACGAGCAUCUAUCAAAUUGGAGGAGACCGAUACAGAAAAUGACUUAAGUCAGGAUUUUACAUCGACGGACGAUGACGACAAAUUGUUACUUCCGGAAUUAGCAAACCUGCCGCUUGACCUCAAACCGCAACCGUAUUGUGAAACUGGUCACAUGAACAAUAAAAUUGUCCGCAAUGAGACUGUUGGUAAUGGAAAUUUAGCAUACGGUGCCAACUAUACAGGAAGUGGUGAUAAAAACACCCCAAGCCCAUCCAAAAGUUAUGAAAAUAGAAACUCAAAUUCGUCACUUUCCAUGUCGCCAACAAAACAAGACCGAAAUUCAAAAAAGUCUGUUUACUGUACAUAUUGCAACAAACAAUUCUACAAGGAAUUUUAUCUUGAUGCCCAUAUAAGGGGCGUUCAUAUGGGCGAAAAGGAACCUUUCCAAUGCCUAUUAUGUUUCAAAUCAUUUACAGGCUACAAUCAAUUGUAUCUACACAAACGUUCUAAGCACGGUAAGGUUGCUAUAGACGUUAUAAAACACCGAAUGAACCAAAUGAAACGCCACUUAAUGAAGCCCACUGAGACAAAUGCAAAGGCAAAUGGAGGAGUUUGGGACAAUACCACCAGCUACAAUUGCGUAAUAUGUUCACGAAAUUACAGCUCUCGGCGAGCGCUGUCCGAACAUUUAAAAAGACAUCAACAAAUUAAGGAACAUACCUGUAGGUUUUGUGGUGUGGCCAAGGUCACACGCACCGAAUUACUUACCCAUAUGCGUAUACACCAGCCAGACUUGGAAAAGUUUCAAUGUCCUCAAUGCCCGCAAGUUUUCAACCACAAAAAUGCCAUUUCAAGACAUGUAAAAGUUGUCCAUGAAGGGCAAAGACGUUUUGUUUGUUCAUACUGUCCCAGGAAAUUUAGUACUCGCAACGCCCAGAUAUGCCACGAGCGUCUUCAUACCGGAGAGCGGCCCUUUUCAUGUACCAUAUGCAGUAAAGGAUUUGUCCAACAGGAGAGUCUGCGUUCCCAUAUGAAAAAUCACGAUAAAACCCUGAGAACUCAUGUCUGUUCUUAUUGUUCGCAGCGCUUUAUAACACGCAAAAACUUGAUCGAUCAUGAGCAACGGCAUAAGGGUGAUAAACCUCACAUAUGUUUUUGGUGCAGCAAAGGAUUUAGAACAUUUGAAGAUUUGAAUGCCCAUCGCAGUACAUGUGGAAGUAAUGAAAGCACUCGUAAUGAUGGCAGUAUAACAGAACAGUCCACGGAUAGUAAUGAUACAAAAAGUAGUAAAUAGUUUUUUUUUAUAUAUAUAUUUGAGAAUAAGUUAAAAUAAUUUUUUUUAUAUAUAUUUGAGAAAAGAGUAAAAUAGGUAUUUUUUUUUGUAAAUAUAAACUAAACCGGCGUAGUAUUUUACUAUGUUAUCGCUGAAAUUCUAA